AUGUUGCUUGUGCGCGAAAUGUUCACUAAUCUCCCUCGUAAACUCAUUUCAUGUCAGUUAGUCGCGAAGCAACUGAAUUAUCUCCAGUCAUUUCAAAAUCAGUCAAUUUUGGUGCCAGCUCUAUGCCAUUUGGAUAACGUGACUGGAGAGAACUACUACAACGGCCACCUAAAAGCAAUGCAAUGGAUGCCAAUCAGCGGAAUAGGAGUUAUUCUUCUUUCUUUUCUUGUCUAUAGAAUCCGAUCAUUAAAACAGAACUGGUGCUUCAACUGGUCAGAAUCAACACAGCAUCACAAACAGCUCUACAUUGCUUGCUUCCUACGAUGUCUUCUACUGGGAAUCUCAGCACAUUUGCCAUUGCUCUUUAUCUACUCUGUUCCUGAGUGCAGACACCUAGAGGAGAUCAGAGAUAUCCUUAUCAGGACGUUAUACGCUUUGCUUGUUGCUUUACCACAGCCGUUGUGGUACAUGUUCUUAAUGCCAGACUUCACUAAAAAUGCCAGUUUGCUUUUCAAUCAGUACGGACAUCGUACUGAAAGAAAAUGGCAAAGUGCAGACGAUCCGCCUCAAAAUACACAACAUCUGGAUCCGCACGGUGAUUUUAAUCCGUUCGGGUCAUGGUUUUCGUCAACGGGAAGCAUACUCGGAAAUACUGGCAUUCCUGUCGGUGACAAGGUAUACACGACAUCGGAUCUUAUCAUGAAAGAGGCCAGGUCAGCUUCCGGGACGAACGACAUGACUGGCCUCUGA